CGAGUACAUUUUGCGGAUUCCCGUGCUGCAACUGUUUAAUGCCUGUACAACCACAAACAUGAUGGGAACCUCGUAGACACGACUAUGGACACUCUCGAGAGCAUCGCAGCGUCUCCCUGCACUGAAAAUGGCUGACACCAACCAUGACGACAUCGCCUUGCCAUCGCUCUCGCUCAAACCUCCUUUCAGCCCAGGAACCGUCUUGAUACCGACCUCGGGAAAGAAGGGCAGUGCAGCCAACGCACUCCCUACCAUCUUCGGCAAAGACAACCAUUGCCGCCUCGUCAAGAACAACAUUAGAGACUUUCUCAAGGAAGACCUCAACCUCGACCGCUUAAACGACAUCGAUGGCUACUUAUGGAUGGCAGGCAGGCCGAUGAGAGCACGCCCACUCCAUCGUUACAGGAUGUUGGGCUUCGAUGUGCUCCACACCCAGCAGAUGGACCUCCACCUCCUCAAGUACUCCAAUCAAGUGCUGGUGAAGCCUCUCCCCGACUAUCUCCUGUCGCAUUCCUUCUGGACCGAUCAUCUGUGCGGGAACACAAAAGUGCACAGGAAACUGCACGAGGCGGCGUGCGGCUUCUUGCUCAGCUACAUCUGGCUGCUCGUCUAUCCCAUAGACCUCCAGCUUGCGCAGGACUUCAAACUCGUGCCCAGAUCCAUCAAGUGGCCGCUGUGGGAGAGAUUCGUCAGCGACUUCGUCAACCACAUUGAUGUCAAUGCCCUCGACCAGGUGAACAAACGGUACCAUUUCGGUGAGCUACGCCUAGGCCGCAUAAAUACCAUCUACCGCGUCCGCUUCGCACAUCGAUACUUUGUGCGGGGCUAUCUGUACGGGUAUAACCGCUAUGUGGUCUUCUUCCAGCGCAAUUUCAACUGGAUUCUUGUCGUCUUUGUCUUCUUCUCGCUCGUCUUGAGUGCCAUGCAGGUCGGCGUCAGCGUGUCACCGCUCCAGGAGGACGAGGCAUACCGCAAGGCGACAUACGGGUUUGUUGUGUUCAGCAUGAUGACUGUAGCCUUUGUCCUGGCGUUUGUGAGCGUUAUGUUUACUUUCAUAUAUUUCUUCAAUAUGGUGGCGGCUAUUGUACAUGAUAGGCGACAGAGGAAGGAGAGAGGCUUGUUGGCACAGGUGAAAACCGGACGUCUUCAGAACCCCUAGGAGCGCUGACCCCAUAUACCCAGGAAGGAAGAUUUUUCAAACGCCGAGUCGCAUAACGGCGAUACUCGAUCAGGCACGGAGCGAAGACUGACGGUUAUCCAGUAAGGCGUUGGGAAAGUUGUUUUCAAGAUUACGGCAAAAGGGAACAAUCCAUGACAAGAAAUUAUAGCUCA